AUGGCCGACCAGCUACUCGACCAAGUGCGUGAUGCCGUAGAGGGCCAGAUUGACUUUGAAGGUCAGCGAUGGGCAGAGCUUAUCACGAACGUGCUGCUCGGUGCUGUUGGCAUCUUCGCUUUCUUCAUUGGCUUCAUGGCCCAGGAUAUUACGCUCACGCUGUGGAUCGGCCUCGCUGGCACCGUUGUCACUUUCCUCGCCGUCGUGCCGCCGUGGCCGUUCUACAAUAAGAAUCCGGAGGGUUGGUUGCCGCCGCAUGUUGCUACAAGCGGAAUUCAGAAUAUCGAUGUUGACGGGCAGAAAGUUGGAUAG